GAGCAGCGGCGUUAGGAAGUUACAUAUGUGCUGGUUAAACCGAGGCAGUGCUUCAUCACACACUAGCUGAGACAUGCACAGCAGCACGGAAACAUGCGCCGCUGUAUUUCCUCUAUUUAACUGCAUGCCCCCAAAAUAGGAAGUCGUUUCUUAAAAUGCUCCGUCCUGACUUUUUAAACGGAGCCAAGAUGAAGGAUGGCAACGGCAGGCUGAAAGACAAGGAGAGGAAAAGCAGACUCAGCCUUUUUCUCACCAAGUCUGGAUCGCAUGAAAACGUCAGUCCAAAUAAGAAGACAAACACGGCGAGCAGCAACGUUUCACCCGAAGAAGCCCUACGAUGGAGAGACUCCUUUGAAGAUCUGCUGAAGCAUUCAGAGGGGGUGGAAACUUUCUCUCAGUUCCUCAAGACGGAGUUCAGUGAGGAAAACCUGGAGUUCUGGUUGGCCUGCGAAGAAUAUAAGACCUACGACUCCCAAACAAAGCUGCUGUCCAUGGCGAAGUAUAUUUAUACGCUCUUCAUUGCAUCAGACGCACCUAAAGAGGUCAACAUCGACUACAACACCAAAAUGUCCAUCCAGAAGAACCUGGAGCAGCCCACCAAGAGCUGUUUCGAAGCAGCUCAGAUGAAAGUCUACAGUCUGAUGAAAAAGGACUCUUACCCGAGGUUCUUGCUCUCUGACAUUUAUUUGCAUCUCACCAGGAGAAAAGGCCCCGGAGCCACUAUGUUUCGGAGAAGGUCACGCUCCUGUGUGUUUAACGAGAGAGGCGAGCCCACAUCUGAACCUUCAGCAUGGUAGAGCACAUAGGCAGCUGUCAAUACAUGGUUUCUUGCUAAUAAAACUGAAUCCAAGGUAGAAUAUUCAACCUUUAAUGAGAAAUAAAUUAUUUUCAUGGGCUGCGGAAAUGUGCUUAUCAUAACUGAAUUUUCAUUUUUGCACUUUCAAUCGUCUUUGGCAAUUCUUCUCACUGUAUGAUUGCAUAUUUAGAAUAUAGCAUAAACACAAAGAUUGCAAAUAUUAAGGGCAAUAAAGUUUGUCUCUGUAUGUACAACUGCAUUUUGCCAUGCUAGACUCUUCAUGUGGUGUUUUCAGGUUGUCUUUGCGCGGCAGAAAUGGAAAACUAAAAGUAUGUUUUUAUUGGAAAAAUAUUAAACUAGAAAAGCACUGAGAGAGCGCCAACCUCCGGCAAGCAGCUUCAGUCCACCCCCUUCCAGGGUCUUGGCGAUAUGAUGGUUUUUACCUCCCCUAUAUUUCCUUAUUCUGUCUCUGCUAUCGUGUAGAACCUGUGCCUGACCAUUCUUUGUGGAGUUACAGUCAGUUUCGGACUAUAACCAGCUAACUUUUAUCCCACAGUCUGUGUGGCUUUGAAGAGUUAUAUUGGCAGUUUUUUUCAUGAGUCAGUCUCGAUGCUAGGCACCUUUUUAAAACUAGUUUAGCAAUGAUCCUCAUGUGUUUUUAGGCCUAAAUUUCUGACCAUUCUCUGGCACAGACAGAACUGCUACACCUGUAGUGUAUUAUAGACCUAUGUGGCUUAUGUAUGAAAAAAUGAAAAAUGCAUUUCCCUUCAUAAAUCUAAUGGGUGGGGCAUAU